AUGGAUUGGUUCAAAACUAGUACCAGAAAUUAUGAGAGUUGGCUUCUUCUCUACACUCUCUCAGCCAUUUUCGCGAGCAUCUGGUGUGCAUGGCUGUGCAUGAAAAGGUCCCGCAACAAACUCCCACCUUUGCCCCCAGGCCCAUUGGGCUUGCCCUUACUCGGUAACCUUCUCUCUCUCGACCCAGAACUCCACUCCUACUUUGCCCGCCUGGCCCACACCUAUGGCCCAAUCUUCAAGCUCCGCCUCGGCGCCAUGACCUGCGUCGUCAUCAACUCCCCUUCCUCCGCCCGCGAAGUCCUCAAAGACCGUGACGUUACCUUCGCCAACCGUGACGUCCCCGUAGCGGCCCGGAUCGCCUUCUACGGAGGGGCCGACGUCGUGUGGACACCGCACGGGCCGGAGUGGCGGAUGCUGAGAAAGGUCUCCAUCCUGAAGAUGCUCGGCGGCGCCUCGCUGGACUCGUUCCAAUCGAUCCGCCAAAACCAGGUCCGAAAGACGGUUGGGUACUUGUACGGUCGGGCCGGGUCGCCCGUAAACAUGGGCGAGCAGAUCUUCCUGACGUCGCUUAACGUCAUCUCUAACAUGAUAUGUGGCGGCUGCAUCGCGGCGGAGGACGGGGAGGAGAGGGCCGGGCUCGGGGCGGAGUUUCGGAAAGUGGUGUCGGAGAUAACGGGGCUCAUAGGUCGGCCCAAUGUUUCGGAUUUUUUUCCGGGUUUGGGUCGGUUCGAUUUGCAGGGUAUAAAGAAGCAGAUGGAGGGGCUGGUCCGGAGGUUUGAUGGGAUAUUGGAGCAGAUGAUUGUUGGACGGCUGAAGAUGGAGGAGGAAGGCGCGAAAGAGAGUCAAGAUUUUUUGACUUCUUUGUUGAAAUUGAAAGAGGAGGGAGGAGAUUCCAAGACGCCUCUGACCAUGACUCACAUCAAAGCUCUGCUCAUGGAUAUGAUGCUUGGUGGGACUGACACGUCCUCCAACACAGCUGAGUUUGCAUUUGCUGAAACCAUGAGCAAUCCAACGGUGAUGGGAAAAGCCAAGCAAGAAUUGGACGAUGUAGUUGGCAAAGGCAACAUUGUACAAGAAACUCAUAUUUCCAAAUUACCAUACUUACAAGCUGUGAUGAAAGAAACUCUGCGCCUGCACCCACUCGCGCCACUUUUAAUCCCUCACUGCCCAAGUGAAACAUGCACAGUGGGCGGCUACACCAUUCCAAAGGGUUCUAGGGUUCUUGUUAAUGCAUGGGCUAUUCAUAGGGACCCUUCUAACUGGGAAGACCCAUUGGAUUUUGAUCCAGACAGGUUCUUGCAUGGAAAAUGGGACUAUAGUGGACGUGACUUCAACUAUUUACCAUUCGGGUCAGGCAGAAGAAUAUGUGUUGGGAUAGGAAUGGCUGAGAAGUUGGUGCUAUAUACACUUGCUACACUCUUGCAUUCCUUUGACUGGAAAUUGCCACAGGGGGAGGAGCUGGAUCUUUCAGAGAAGUUUGGGAUUGUGAUGAAGAAGAAGAUACCUCUGGUUCUCAUCCCAACUCCAAGGCUAUUGGAUCCAACACUCUAUGAGUAG